CUACACCUAGUCCAGCCCUGCCUCGAGCUCGCCCCGUGGAUUUACACUCUUGUUCUCCGCGUCCGGCUCCCUCUCUCCUUCUUCUCUUUCCCGUCCCUUACACAUGCAAUGGCGUCGUAUGCGCACAGCACCACAUCUAGCUCCGACAUCUCAACGCCUCGGUCCAUCUCCCCAUCCUCGGUGGCAUCUGCACGCUCGUCACCCUCGUCUAUAUCUAGCUCCAAGCGCAUGUCCAUCUCGUCAACACGCAGAAUCUCAGCUGCCAACCCAAUGUCGUCGGUCGAUAUUACCGCCAUCCAAGAAGCCAUGAAAAUGGCCAACCUCGACACCCUCCGUGGGUACUGCCAGAAGACAUACGGCCAGGUCCACCAAUAUGCCACCACUGAGUACAUCAGCCAGAGCCAGGCCCUCGGCUACCAGGUGCUCAACGAGCCCAUGUGGAAUAAGGGU